AUGGAUCAGAAUACGCAGCUCCCCUCCGCCUCGAAGGAUUUUGUCGAAUUGGCGACCGAAGCAAGGAAAACUCCAGCAACCUCUGAAUCCCAUCACUUUCUACCCAAUGAUAAGACAGCCACUUCUUCAGAAUCACUCGCAGAGCUGGCAAAGCAGAAUGUGGCUCCGUUUCUCACGAAAUAUCAUCCUCGGCAAUAUGCACCCUUGAGUUCUGAAGACGGCACGCCCUCCAUCCCUCGUUCGGUGAAUGCCGGGUACUGUUAUCGCCACCAGCCAGAUUCGAAAUGUCGGCGCCAGGCCGAUGAACAAUCCAUGCGUCAACUACAGCAGGAGUUGGAGACGCUUCCUCAAGAUGAUCAACAGGGUAUCGCCCACGUCUGGUCGCUCUUCUCUGCUGCGCCAGCUAAGCAGCGCAAGUUGAUGCUCCAAGGCAUCUUGGCGCAGUGCUGUUUUCCACAACUUUCCUUCAUUUCGGCCAGCGUUCGUGAAUUGAUCAGAAUCGAUUUUUUGACCGCCCUUCCCCCUGAGCUCUCCUUCAAGAUUCUACGGUAUCUUGACACGGCCUCUCUCUGCCGCGUCGCCCAGGUUUCUCAUCGCUGGAGAGCUCUUGCUGAUGACGAUGUGGUUUGGCAUCGCAUGUGCGAGCAGCAUAUCCGCCGCAAAUGUAACAAGUGUGGCUGGGGAUUGCCGUUGCUGGACCGCAAGCGCCUGCGAGAAGCAAAGCGCGAGAUCGAAUUGCGUGCGACCAACUGGGGCAACGAGACUGUGAAUCAGUCCUCGAACACGCCUGGCGAUGGAGCACCAAAUGGAACCUGCUCGGUUGUUACGCUGCCAAGCAGUAAUAAGCGCAAGAUUGAAGAUGAGCAAAGCUGCCACCAGAUCAAACGCCACUGUGUUUCGCCCGCGUACAAGCCCGUUGCAGACGAUGACUACUACAAGACCCGCUACCGUCCAUGGAAAGAUGUUUAUCGUGAUCGAUUCGAAGUGGGUAUGAACUGGAAGCACAGACGUUGUUCGGUCAAGGUCUUCCGCGGCCACACCGACAGCGUCAUGUGCCUUCAAUUCGAAGACAACAUUCUGAUGACGGGAUCCUAUGAUGCUACAAUCAAGAUCUGGGAUAUGGAGACUGGCCAGGAGUUGCGCACUCUUCGCGGCCACACCGCGGGAGUUCGCUGUCUCCAGUUUGAUGAUACGAAGCUGAUCACCGGCGGCUUGGAUCACAGCAUCCGAGUUUGGAACUGGCGCACUGGAGAGUGUCUCUCGAGGUACAGCGGUCACACAGAGGCGGUCAUCGCUCUUCACUUUGAUUCUACUCUCCUUGCCUCUGCUUCCGUCGAUCGGACUGUGAAGAUUUGGAACUUCAAGGACAAGUCGACUUUUAUUCUUCCUCACCCCGAAGGCGUGAAUGCUGUCAAGAUUGAUACCUCAUCGCGUACUGUCUUGACUGCCUGUGACGACGGCGCCGCUCGUCUAUGGGAUCUUGACACCAAGUCCUGCAUUCGAGUCUUCCACAACCACAUCGGUGCAGUGCAGCAAGUUAUUCCUUUGCCGCGCGAGAUUGAGCUCGAAAGUCACCUGGCAGACUGUGAGAAUGAUCAUAUCAGCACAGCAUCUAACAAUGGAGAUGUUCCACCGAACAUUCUCUCCCCUAUUCUGGAGGCGAAGUCUCUCGCGGUCCAGCCUUCCUCCUUUGGCUCAUCCUUCGACCAGGAUCAGGAUCGUCUUGAGCCCCCACGUUACAUCAUAACCAGCGGAGUUGACGCUACUAUUCGCCUAUGGGAGACCAACACAGGCAGAUGUCUGCGUACAUUCUUCGGUCACCUGGAGGGUAUCUGGGCUCUCUCUGCUGACACCCUCCGUAUUGCAUCUGGAGGCAUGGAUCGCAUGGUGAAGAUCUGGGAUCCUCGUAUUCCCACCUGUCAAGACACCUACGAAGGCCAUUCGGCAGCGGUGAACUGUAUUGGUCUCAGCGACAGCCGUUUCAUCACCGGUGGUGACGACUACCACGUUCGCAUGUACGACUUCCGUGCCUAA